AUGGGCAAGUUUGUAAGGAGGUGUGCUGUACAUGCACAGGUCUCCAAGCUUCCUGUCAUCAUCUGCUCAAUGAGUUGGGAUGUGAUUGCAGAGGGCCUCAAAAGUGCGCAGGGGAAGUGCAUUGUCAACGGCAUUUCCAUGGCCAGCAGCGAGGAAGACUUUGUGCGAGUCGCCGCAGAGUGCAGACGGUUCGGGGCUGCGAUUGUUGUGCUUGCGAUGGCAAGGGCAGACGGCGAGUUCCCCAACUAUCAGGAAAAAGUCACCUCGUGCCAGCGAGCGUACCAUCUGCUGCGAUCUGAGCUGGACUUCCCAGCUGAGGACGGAGUCAAGCAGCUCGUGCAGCUUGCGCCUUAUAAUGUCGCUUUGAGCUACUGGAGUGCAGGACAUCAUCUUCGACUGUUUUGUCACACCGUUGGGCGCCGCUCUAAGACCAUGAUCAGUACAGCAAAUUGCAUCAUGGAAGCUGUGGCAGAGCUCGGGUGGGUGGCAAAGCUUGGGAAAGUCUUUGAACUUCUCAAUGUUCAAGUACUCUUUUUUGUUGAAGGCUCCCACGGCGUCCGGGCCUCACCGAAAGACUUCAUUGACGCCGUGGCAGAAGUGAGGCGGACCAGGUCCCUCCAACCAAAGCGCUCAGCUUUGCCGGACCGCUGCAUUUAUUGUGUCGCGCUGCUUGCUUGUGGGCAGAGUGGACAGAUGCAGAAUAUGCCUUCCCGAUGUGGUAUGCUCCUUCUCAUGUUGCAUGUGUGCACGUUCUCUACAUUUCUCUACUUUUUGCCCUGUGCCGCUCCUGUCUUGUGUAUGCACCUAUGUAUAUACACACGCAUGUGA